CGCCUGCCCGCCCCGCCGCCCGGCGCCACUGAGCCCCCCGGCCGCGCCGGGCUCGCGGCCACGGGCGCCCUAGUCCCGCGUCCGCGCCGCCACCCCGGGGGAGCGAGGAGGAGGAAGGAUUGGUGGUGCCUGAAAGCCCAGUGGAGACUGAAGCAUCCCCCAGCUUCGGAAACAGAAAAAGACGAAGAAGCCGAGGCUGCCAUGGCCAGGAGGCGCUGAGCGCAGGACAGUGCACGCCUGGACCUGCCUUGCCCAUGCCCACAGGCCGCGCAGCCUGCCUGACUCUCCUCCAGCCUGCUCUGGCUGGUACCCAUGUCGUAAAUCAACCGAUGUCAUCCCAAGAAGAGGCCCUUUUGGGUGCUGAGCAGGAGGCUGAGGGCUCAUUUUGGAAGCAACCCCAGGGGGGAGGUGAGACGGCAGCUGCGGAAUCUUCUCUGGUACCCUCCAAAGCUGAGUGCCCGCCUGCCCCCAGCUGCAGAAAUGAGAAAGAAAACAAACGAAAAUCAAAAAAGGUGUUGCUGCAGUGUCUUCUCUCAGCUCAUCUGAGGUUCAGGUCUACUGGCAGCCAUAGGACCCAACUCCCCUUCUUGCCCACAGGAGCCAUUUCCCAGUUGUGCCAUUAACCCAGAGGAUAUGGCAGGCAUUGCAUACAAUUGUAUAAGUCAUGUGAUGCCAGAAGAAAGUGCAAAUGCUAUGGAUUGUGAACAGCUGCCAGCAAAGACACUUCGACAAGUGACCAUUCAACGAGAUCCUAUAUAUGGCUUUGGCUUCGUGGCCGGCAGUGAGAGGCCUGUGGUGGUGCGAUCUGUGAGGCCAGGAGGCCCCUCUGAGAACAAGCUCCUGGCUGGUGACCAGAUUGUGGCUAUUAAUGAGGAAGACGUGAGUGAAGCCCCCAGGGAGAGGUUCAUAGAGCUUAUCAGGAGUGCUAAGGAAUUCGUUGUUCUUACAGUUCUGCACAUUCAUCCGUCCCCCAAGUCUGCGUUCAUCAGUGCUGCAAAGAAGGCCAAGCUGAGAUCUCAUCCGGCAAAGGUCCGAUUUUCUGAGCAGGUAGCAGUUGGAGAAACUGAUGCGAAAAUGAUGAAGAAGGAAGCUCUUCUCCUUAUCCCCAAUGUCCUGAAGGUUUUCUUAGAAAAUGGGCAGAUCAAGUCAUUCACAUUUGAUGGCCGGACCACUGUUAAGGAUGUGAUCGUGACAUUACAGGACCGUCUUUCUCUAAGAUACAUUGAGCAUUUUGCUCUUGUCCUUGAGUAUGCUGGGCCAGAACAAAACCACAAGUUUCUGCUUCUCCAGGACAAGCAGCCUCUAGCUUAUGUGGUACAGCGCACACACUACCAUGGAAUGAAAUGCCUCUUCAGAAUAAGCUUCUUUCCCAAAGACCCCGUGGAGUUGCUGCGUCGGGAUCCUGCUGCUUUCGAGUACCUUUACAUUCAGAGUCGGAAUGAUGUUAUCCGAGAACGCUUUGGAAUGGACCCCAAGCCGGAGAUGCUUCUGGGCCUUGCUGCCCUCCACAUCUAUAUCACUGUCUCUGCUACUCGACCUAGUCAGAGGAUCUCACUCAAGAAUGUGGAGAAGGAGUGGGGCCUAGAACCCUUUCUUCCUCCCUCACUCCUGCAGGGCAUCAAAGAAAAGAGCUUCCGGAAAUCUCUCUCUCAACAACUGAAAGCCCACCAAACACAUCCCUCCAGCGGCACCAAGGGCUCCUCGACUCAGGCAAAGCUCCAGUAUCUUCGAAUUCUGAAUGAACUUCCAACCUUCACAGGCGUUUUGUUCAACACUGUGGGCCUGGAUGAGAAAGAGUCGGCCACCACUCUCCUAGUGGGACCCCGUCACGGCAUCAGCCAUGUUAUUGACCUCAAAACGAACCUCACCACUGUGCUGUCUGAGUUCAGCAAGAUCAGCAAGAUCCAGCUGUUCCGGGAGAACCAGGGUGUGGCCCGGGUAGAAACUAGCAUCAUGGAUGCCAAGCCCCUGGUCCUAUUGAUGGAGUGGCCCGAAGCCACCAACUUCGCCUGCCUGAUUGCGGGGUACUGCCGUCUCCUGCUGGAUUCCAGGAAGAUGGUCUUCUCCAGGCCGUCCAGCCAGCCUCUUCCACCUCCAAUGAUCAAGGCAGAUUACAUGCACAGUGCCCACCGCCCUGUCACUGGGGGCCACCUGGGGAAAAAGGAGAGUAGUUAUGUGGGCAGCAUGGGAACCAGCCCCCGGAAGCCGAGCCGUAGCACGUCCCCGCCUGCCGACUCUGAGCUUGUCAGCUUUUGCUACCUCCACAUGCGGGAACAAAGGAAGGAGCAGGAAAGCAGAACGGAUGUCAACGAGAACUUAAUCUUCUUCGAGGAGACCAGGCCCCGGACCAAGUCUGACCCCACAUCCAAAAGCUCGGGCCAAGGUUAUGAUGUGGUCCCCGAUGACUUUGAUGCCACCAGUCUAGACCACGAGCCUUGUGCCAGCAGGGCCCGAUCCUACACCUUGGACAAUUCCCUUGGGGCUGAGGCCCUGAAUUUCUACUGUGACUCUUGCAAAGCCAAAUACCAGGAGCCUCCGGGCCCCAGCAAAGGGGGGCGUGCCGGCUCCUCACGUGACAAUAUGGUAGACUUGAUGUCCCUCCCGCCACCGGGGAGCGAGGAGGAGGAGGAGGAAGAAGACGAGAGUACUGCUCUGUUGCCUGCCAUCGCAGCUCCACCCCCUGGUUUCCGAGACAACAGCUCCGAUGAAGAUGACUCAAAGCGCCGUGCAGUCCAGAGCCAGGAGCAAGGUCGCCACCUGCGGGGCCUCCUAUACGACGAGAUCCCAGUGACACUGAUUGACAGUGUACAGACCCGGACUGUCCGCGAUCACGCCCAGGAGCUAGAUGAUGCCCUGGUGUCCACUCUGCAGGCUCUAGAAGCCCUGGCAGCCUCUGAGGAUGGGCCGCAUCCACCACCCCCACAGACUGCAGGUCUGAUUGUGCUGGCCACAAUCACCCCUGAAUCAUCGCUGGACUCGGGCCAUGAGACCAACUCUUCAGAGCUCACUGACAUGUCGGAGAUGAUGUCUGCCAUGAAACAGCACCAGAACACCACCUACUUCCUGGCCCAGCAUCUCAACAAGGACAGCCUCCUGGCCCGCAAGGACCUACCCUUCCGGAUCCAGAGCUGCGCCGCGCAGGCUGUCCUCACGGCCCCCUACUCUCUUGGCCGCCCAGAUUCCAACUCCUCCCUCCAGCCCGCUGUCACAGGCCAGAGUCCUGGCCCCCCUGGCGCUCGGAGGAAGGUGCCACCAUCAGAGAUGCAGUCACAGCGAGAGAGAACAUAUGCCCUGGCCAUGCACCCAGCACUGUCCCCACAGCUGAGCGAGCGAAAGACUCUGAGUCUGCUGCCCCCUGUUCCCGAAGACAAAGGGCCUAGCCACUCUAGGACAGGCCUCGAGAUGUCGCUGAGGGCAGCUACUCCGACCCUCAGUGAAGAGCCGGUCUCUGAGCAGAGGGAGAACCUGCCCAAGGAGGUCCGGGCGAGCCCCAAGCUGACCCUGGACUCAAAGGGCAGUGUGACCCCAGCUGUCAUUUCAGCCACCCUCCAGCAGGUCGUUCAGACUCAGAGUCUAGCCACCCCUGGCAGUGCUUUGGGGAGCAGUAGCCCCAGCAGUGGGGAGAGGCGGCUGGAAGCCAGUGGGGGAAGGCCAGAAGUGAGCCUGCUGGGCGCCAGUGCCGGUAAGAAUUUCAAGUUCAAAAUGAGCCCUGGGGCAACAGAGACUUCUCGGAAUGCACAGCAACAGCUGGGCACUGAAGCCUCCCCUGGCGCCAGGGCCACCACAGACAGCCGGGCUGACGGCCUGCAGCUGUCCUCCCCAGAGGACAGACUGCCUGCUCCAAAUUUCCCACCCAAAAGUUACCUUUCCCGAGUGAGUCGCGAGGCCACCGGCAAGCAAGCUGUCGGGGAGGUGGCGGGCAAGGGCGGGCCGGAGGGUGCGAAGCCUGCCCUGUAUAAGCAAGGCACCGUCCCAGGCCAAGGGGAGAAGGGGCAGCUGGAGAGCACACUUCAAAGCAGCAAGCUUGAGGAGACCGGCCUGGUCCCCUGCACCAGCUACCCCUUGGCUCUGCAGAGCCCCAGCUGCCAGCCCCGGGGCCACAGCCCCAGCAGCCAGCCUCGGGGGCCCAGCCCCAGCUGCCAGUCCAGAGGCCCCAGCCCCAGCUGCCAGCCCCGGGGCCCCAGCCCCAGCAGCCAGUCCCGAGGCCCCAGCCCCAGCUGCCAGCCUCGAGGCCCCAGCCCCAGCUGCCAGCGUCGAGGCCCCAGCCCACUACGGCCCUCGGCCCCCAGCCGGCAGGUGAGCACCAUGCCCUCCAGGAAACUCGAAACCACCCUGGAUGGAGCUCCCUCGGCCUCCAAAGGCUCCACCAAGUCCAAGUCCACACGAGGACCGUUCCGCCUGCGCAAUUUAUUCUCUGCCACCUUCCCGACCCGUCAGAAGAAGGAGACGGAUGAGCGGCAGGUCCAGCUGCAGAAGGUCAAGCAGUACGAGCUGGAGUUCCUCGAGGAACUUCUAAAGCCACCCAGCCAGGGGGACCUAACGGCCCCCGAGUACCUGCAGCCCCCGGCUCCCGGCCGCUGCAGCUGCCAGCUCCGCAGCAGCCCCGUGCAGCAAGGGCCCGGCAUGUUGCGCGAGCAGAGACGCAGCUGCGACUGCAAGCGCAUCUGCCGAGGGGGUCGACCUCAGGCCCCCCAGACGCCAGUGCCCAGCCUCCGGGGACGGGAGCAGGAGAGACUCCCCCCGACCCAGCGGCAGCCAGAGGCCGGUCCAGGCUUGAGCCUCAGCAGCCCCAUCACUGGCCGGCAUAUCCGCUCCAGCAGCCUGGAGUCGCGAGAGUGCCGAUCGGACCCCGAGAGUGGGGUUUCGUGCCUGACCACAUGUGCCUCGGGGGGCGAGUGUCUGGGGGCUCCCAACUACCGGAAACUGAUGCGCCGCUAUAGUAUUGGGGAGCUAGACCCGGGAGACAGGGCCUCACUGACCUCGGACAUCUACCCACACCCACCCCUGGGCAUGCUGCCCCGGGAGGCCAAGGAGGUAGAGGCAGGCCUCCCUCUAGGCGUGGGUCCGAAAAGCAAGUGUUUGGAGUCCCCAACCCUGGGAGACCCCUCCUAUGUCCAGGUGAGCCCUGAGACCAAAAGCCCCCGGCCAAUGGCUGUGUUCUCACUGCCGAAAGAGGUGUACCGGCGGCCUGCCGAGCUGGACGAGGAGAGCGAGAGCAGCAAGUGCUGCUCCAUCCGCUACUGCUUCUACUACCGCAAGUGCGACAUGGCCGACGAUGCCAGCGACGGCAAGGAUGAGCUCUCCUAUUCCAUCCCCGUGAAGAUUCUGCCGGGCAUGAAGCUGGAUGAGCAGGUGAUGCCCGUGAUGAGCAGGACCCUGCAGGUGCUGGACGCUACCACUUGCAGCAGCAGCAGCCGAAGCCGGAGCCCCGAGGCGGCCCCGACCCAAGAGAUUGACCUGCGGGCAUCCACGUUCGAGGGGAGCCUGGCCAAGAUCAAUGCCCUGCGGGCCCAUGCCUACGGCCUGCCCGACGGCUUCCUGGCAGCCCGGCUGGACACCAACGAACUCCUGACCGUCCUGCGGCAGUGCGUGGCCAGUCCCGAGGCCCGCGCCCCCAAGCCCUACGUGUCGCAGCUCUCCGAGUACAAGCUGGAAUUGGCUCUGAAGUUCAAGGAGCUCCGCGCCUCCUGCCGCCGAGUGGCGAACGUGGACAAGAGCCCCACGCACAUGCUGGCAGCUAUCACGGGCAGCUUCCAGGUGCUGAGCAGCCUCAUCGAGACCUUCGUGCGACUCGUGUUCAUCGUGCGCUCUGAGGCCCAGCGCCAAGAGCUGCUGGCCAAGGUGGAAGAGGUGGUGAGGAACUACACCUUCCUGCUGCGUGCAGCUGAGGAGUCCACUGCCCGCAACCUUAAUCAGCAGCAGCAGCAGCAGCAACAGCAGCAGCAGCAGCAGCAGCAGGCGGCGGCAGCAGCUAUCGGUGUGACCCCUGGGCACCCUCCAGGCUCCCCAACGUCGGCGACUGUUAUGAGCACAUUCACCCGCUCCUUAAAAACCUUUAUUAAGUAGGGCAUCCCCGCCUAACCCCCUUCCCCAACGAGGCCCCGGGUGUGAGCUUCGUGGUCCUUGCAUCUUGUGGUGAGUGUGUGUACGUGUGUCUGCUGGACCAGUCUGUGUCCAAGAGCCUUCAGAGUCCAGGGGGGUGGUGACCUCCCUGGGUUGAGGCUGGCCCUGAGGCCCCUGGGCCUCGCCACCCUGGGUGUCUUCACCCAUUCCCUGGCCUCUGCGCCUCACUGUGAGGGCAAAAGCCCCUCCCCACUCUGCCUGCUACAGAGUUCCGUGUUCUCUCUCCUCUGGAGCCAGGAAGUGCCGUGGGGAUCACUUCCUGCUCCACGGGGGCACAGAUGGCAGGGAAGCCGGUGCCUGAGGCAGGCAUGCCUGGGGGCCUUGAACUCCUGGCAUCUGCUCCCCUCCAGGGACCAGUGACCGAAGCAGCAGGCCACGGCGCCGAGCAGUGGAGAGAGGGCACUCGGCCUCAAGGGGCCCAGCCACCGUAGGCUCCUACUCCCAUGGCAGGAGCCAACGCAGAGGGGCGUGACCCCCCUCCAGUGGCAGUGGUAGGUCUGCGAAAAAACAGCCCCACAGGGCCGUGGAUCGCCAGUGCAACCAGCUGGCGGCCUCGGGAGCCUCGCCCCCAGGCCCAGUAGCUCCACACCAGCCAUCCCCAAAGCGCCCUGCCCCUCGAGGGUGGGCAGGGAGGCUCAGUCCACUAGGGAGCAAGCAUCUCGGAUCGGCCCCCCCUAGUUUCUGGGUAAGGUACCUGAUGAAAACGUCUGUCCUGGGGAGACUCACUGCAGGCCUUGGAGCCUGCCCGGCCGCACAGCCUGGCUUAGUGCCGGGGCUGGCAUGCGGUCCUUCUCAACAUCUCUCUACCAGACAGACUGUCCUUAGGAGUUCGACUUAGC